AUGGAGACCGAGAGGAGCUCCCUUGUGGCCCGGGACUUGGAGACCGCAAAGGACAUGCAGCUGCGGGUGACCCCGUCGGAAAUGAAAUUUCUGGACGCGCUGGCAGGGAGGGUUUACCGCCUCCCACUUACCGUACACAAUCUCGGCCGAAGCAUCCAGAAAAUCCGUUUUCAGGAGCCUGUCAAGCCACAGUUCAAACUGAUUUUGACCAAUCUGGAUAAAUCACUUGCUUCUGGCCUUCAGACAACAGCUAUGGUGGAAUAUCAUCCUGAUAAGAAUGAAGACGUGUGUGACCAACUUCUUAUUUCGAUAGGAAAUAAAACAAUAGAGAUCCCUCUAAUUGGGUUGAUUCCAUCAUGUCAAUUGGCAAUUGAGCCAGAAGUUAAUUUUGGGACAUUGGUUGCCAGUAGUAAAGUGUAUUGUAAAGAGAUUAGUAUCAUUAACCAUGGCAGUGUGCCAGGUAUCUUUAAAAUAGAAUACCAGGGCCAACUACCCAUUGUCAUUUUUCCAGCCAGUGGUGUUGUGCAGCCCAAGUCAUCAGUGGUUAUUAAAGUGGAUUUCUGUGCAGACCAGCCCAUGGUUGUAAAUGAAUUGGCAAAAGUGAGUUUGCAAGAUCGUCCAGACAUAUUCUUGAAUAUCAGAGCUCAUGUGGUUGAGCAGAUUAUUGAAUUGUUAAACAUAAAUAAUGAUAAAAAGUUGGAAUGCAUAAGCUUUGGUUCUGUUUUCUUUGGAACGUCAAAGAUUGAACGUGCACUUCUGUACAAUAAUAGCCCAGAACCUGUAAACUGGGUAGCCAUAAUGCAAGAUGAUUCCAUUGGAGAAGAAUUGGGUACAAAUAUUAAACAAAGAACAGAUGUUGCUUUAAAUAAUCUCACCUACUUAAGGAAAAUAAAGAGCAUAGAUAUUACCACAAUUAUCUCCUGUGUUCCUAAUGAAGGGAGGUUACUACCUUAUCAAAAGAGUUUAAUUACAUUUUGUUUCAGCCCAAAGCUAAUCAUUGAUGGUCAAAAGAAUGAUCCUUCACAUAGGCAAGACUAUGCUGUUUAUUUGAGAUUUGAGUCUGUAGGAAGUAAAGAUGGGUUUUUGAGAGAUGAUAAUCAAAUCAUCAAAAGUGACUCAUUUCACAAAGUGGAAUUAGCCCUGACAGGCUCAGGACUUCCAGUCUUACUACAGUUUGAUCCUGGAAGGAUUCUUAAUUUUGCACCUUGUUUCAUGGGUGGACAUUCAGAGAUUCAUUGUGUUAUGCAAAAUCGAUCCAAAUCCCUUCCUCUGAUGUACCACUUUAAAAAAAUUGCACAUUUUAAAAUUGAUCCUCAAAAGGGCAAGAUUGAUGAAGGAUGUAUGCAGAAUGUGACAUGUUCAUUCAUUCCACAUCAAGUUGGAGUCUUUAAAGUGAAGCAAUUUAUAGAGAUUAUUGGCUCAGUGGCAGAUGAAAAUUUGCAGUCUUCAUCACUGAAGCCUUUCCAUUAUAUAUAUUUAUAUUUUAAUAGUGUCUGCAAGCCUUCUACCAAGAAAGUUGUGAUGAAAGUUAAUCCUGGUAUAUCCCCUUUGGUCAGUAAUCCUACGGGACAGUUUGUGGUGAAAGACUUGGUGCAGUACAAGGACCAUGCACCUGUUGCGAUGCUUCAGUCAACCAUGACACACAUUCACAAUCAUAAGAUAAAUAAAGAGUUAAUAAAGGGUGCACUGAUAGCCUUUCCCAAUGACCGAGCUGCAAGUAUCCGGUCUGGAGAAGACCAUGAAAAUUUCAGGACGAUUUUCACAAAGAUUCCAAGAUAUAACUAUGUGGAUCCUGAUUUUGCAUAUACUAAAUUUGAAAAACUAGUAAAGAAAUCUCAUGAAAACUAUUAUGCAGGAUACAUUAAAUUUUUAAGAAAUGUGCGCCUGCAGAAAGAAGCACACAGGAAGCACACAUACUCAUAUAAUGACAUAGACAUAGGAUUACAUCCUGCAUCUGGUCUAAAAUCACCCACUGUCUCAGAAGUGGAAAGGGAAGAGGAGUUACCUUCAACACAGUGUUGGAUCAAACACAACCAAUUGCUAAGAACCAGAAAUAUAGCAUUCAAGGAGACAAAGUCUCUGAGAAGAAAGGUUCUUAAAGGACUUAAAUCAGACCCAUCCACACCCCAUGAAAAACAUGAUUGCAGCUUAACUUUGACACCCAAGCAAACUUAUCAAGUAAUUGUUGGGCCCUCUGUCCUUAACUUUGGUGAUGUUUGUGUGAACUCAACAAAUACUCAUCUACUACAUGUUAUUAAUAUGCUACCAAUUCACAUUCUGAUCCAAUUAAAUGUCAAUUUGGAAGAACUUCAGAAAACCAGCCAAUUUUCAUAUGUGAUUCCACCUACAACUAGUACUUAUAUUUCAAUGAUAUUUGAAUCUCCCACCAUUGGAAAAUUUUGGAAGUCUUUCACCUUCACAGUGAACAAUAUGCCUGGUGGACACAUCCUAGUGAUGGCAGUUGUCCUGCCAGUAAGACUUCAGCUAUCUUCUAAUGAGCUGAUACUGAGACCACAAGGCUUCUUGGUGAAAACAUGUUUUAGGGGAACGGUUAGGAUGUAUAAUCAUCAGAAUUACUUUGUCAAAUUUGAAUGGCAAUCGAUAAAUACAGGAAAGGAGAUGGCAUUUUCCAUUCGUCCAGCUAAAGGCACUGUUGAACCAUACUCCUCAUUGGAAUGUGAAGUAACAUGGCAGCCAGCUUUUGAUUCUCCAGAAAGGGGAGAAUUUAUUCUUCAUGUCAGUGAAGGAAACACGCUGAAACUGAAAUGUCUUGCACAUCUUGGACACUCCAAGGUAACAUUUUUAGAGCCACGGAUACUCUUUAGCAAUAUUCCUCAAGGGCUAACAACUUGGAGGAAAGCCAUUCUUCACAAUGUAGGACAAAACCAUGCUUAUUUCAAGGUUUGUGACCAGAGUCUUUUGUCUAUGAUUAAUAUUGUUCCAUCACAAGGAAUCAUUCCACUGGGGGGACUAACUGUUCUCAAUAUCUCCUGUACUCCUACCGUUAAAGAAAAAUUUGACACAAGAGCAAAGGUUGCUAUUCGCUGUGCAAAUGACAUAGACCUUAGGAUUGGUGGAUCUGUUGAAGUUGCUGAUGUUGAAAUCCAUCCGAAUACAUUUAACUUCACUGGCACCUAUGUUGGUUCUACUCAGAUUAUGCCAUUUUUACUAAAAAACAAAGGUAUAACACGUGCCAGAGUAGAGUUUAAUCUGGAAGAUGCUGAUAGUUUUUCACUGGAUUUUAAAGGCAAAUCAGGGGAAUUCACAGACCCUGCAUUUCCUGACAUAUUUUUCUUGGAGUUAGAGAAACAGACAUCUAUGGAGUGUGGCAUUGCAUUUUCUCCCAAAGAAGUGGCAGCGUACAACUUUAGCAUUCAAGUUCGAGUUAAUUUCUUUGCAGCUUCAGAACUUGACUCUCAAUGUUGUUUGUCAGACUCUCAUGUGAUUCCAAAUAGACCACCAGUUAUUCGAUCAUGUCAUAUUCAAGCUACUGUGUUGCAAGCACCACUGACAUUAUCCAGCACUCAUUUUAUCUUUGAAAUCCCAUUACAUAGUCUGGAUCCUAAUAACAGGGUCACAAAAACUCAGAAUCUGGUCUUACAUAAUACUUCAAGAAAAGAUGUGGAGUGGAAUUUGGAUAUUAGAAAUACUGGCAAACUUUUCAAAGAUGGUAUAUUCAAAUUUAGCACACUCAGUGGAACUCUGCAACCAAAUGAAGAAUGCAAUGUUGCUGUAAAUUUCUGUCCAAAACAGCCUAGAGAAUACACAGCUGAUAUCCCUAUUCAUUUAAACGAUAAUCCAGUUUGCUAUCGAAUGUUACAUCUGGUUGGAGAGAUAAAAUCACCCAAGUUAUUAUUUGUUCCUCCUUUCGUAUUUUUCACUCCUGUUCCUUUGGAUGUACCAGCUGUGAUGGAUGUCAACAUUUUACCUCAGAACUAUUUCAGGGAUUCAACUUUAAGUGUCCACUUAUCCCCAGUAAAGCUUCUUAAUGGUAAUGAGAUUCAACCACUUUCUGUGAAUUUUCCAAAAGGCGGAGUCAUUGUGGGCUCUUCCAUUGGAAUUAAUGCUGCACUCACCUGCUGUCUCAGCUUCAAGUCAUCUAAACCUGUGUCAUUUUUCACCAAUGUUCUUUUCUGCGAUAGCAAAGAUAACUGGUAA